GCGUCUUUCUAUGCAGCACACAAAAAUAUUCGACUCGUACAAAAUCGUAUAAAAGGAUAUUUUUUUACGGAUUUGCCUAAUCUUACAGCUGCCUUGAGUCUAACAAUCUGUAAAAUCUGAACUGUAAAUAUGUCGUCUGCAAAAUCUGAGUGGAAGAAGAGAUGGCAGGGGGGUUUGGGCGCGCGGUCCUGGCAAAAAUUCGAGUUGGAGGGUCAAAAUUUUCUCCUGAAGACACAUGUGGACCACAGGGAGGGCUACGAGUUCCUUUUCACCGACCUCACCUGUCUGUGGCACGAGAAAAUGGACAAAGAAGAGGUCAAGAAACGAUGCAAGACACUGAACCCACGAUUCGAAGCCCCCCUCCCAACCAUCUUGAGACUUCUUCAAGACAACACAGAGACCAAGAAGGAUUCCACCGACUAUACCAUUCAGCAUCAGGGGGAGGUUCUGGUCCUGGUGCUGGAGACCAAAGUUGGUGGAAUCCGCUUCACAUGGGAGUUCCACUGUCAACAAGCACAGAAGGAAAUGCUGCGUGACCAGCUGCUGGAGCCCCUGAUGAUGAUGGUGGGUGAGCAGGGCAGGAGGGAGCGCAGACUUGGACAGCUGCUGAAGGCUAAGGACAGGGAGAUCGAGGACUACAAAAUGGGCGGAGCUACGGUCUCCAGAAAAAGUUUGCUGACAGAGCCAUUUGAUCCAACAUCAUUUAAUAAAGAGCAGCUUGCUUCUAAGGAAUUUGACACACAGGUGGGGCAGGGUUGGCAGGAGGCCUUCAGUAGGGAGAACCAGGACCUGUACAGGGAGGUGAUGGUGACUCAGGCAUGGGUCAACAGGGAGGAGGAGGAGGAAGAGGAGGAAGGUUCAGAUGAGGACACAAUGCUUUUGGGUGGUACAACUACCCAUCAUGCCCCAGGAGCCACCAAGGGGUCACCGUCCCAUGUCGAGGAGCAGAGGUCACCGAGUGUGUCACCACGGAAACGACCUGCCGGGUCGCCACUCAAGGGAGGGGGGGCCGUUUCAACACCUGAGAAAUCCCAAAAGGAUAUAGAACUAAUGAGACGAGAAGCUCUGCAAAAAAGACUACAAGAAGAGGCACAGAGGAAACAGGCCAAGAAGAAAAAGAAAGGAGCUCUUUUCUAGGUAGCAAAAUGUCAAUCAUCAUUUUUUUUCACAAUUCACAUGUUUUGUUCACUACUUGUUCUUGUUAUGUUCAGUUCACGUUGAAUUGCUGAAAAACUUAGGUAAUUUAGUUCUUAAGAAACAACAAAAAAUAAAUAUAACAGAUUAAGACACAUUUGUACAAAAUUCUAAAUAAGUUCAACACAUCAAAACUUUAUUACAUAUCUACGUCCUAUGACAAAUAGACACACGCACAGAAUAACAUUAUACCACAGUACCUACUGAUUUAA